GAGUGAAAAAGGUACAGUAAAAAUGGAGAGGAAUAAUAAAGAUUGCAUAAAAAAAUAUAAUCAGACGUUUUACGAGCGAAUCCGCCAGCGGUAAGUGCGCCCCGUACGCACGAGAGCCACAUGCGCGGGGACAUCAUGAAAAAGAGGAAGUCGUGAGCGCGCACGCAAGCCGAGCUCGCAGAGGCUCGCACAGUGACGGGUAUUUAGCAGUGCCGAGUUCAAGUGCUAUACCACUGUCACACGGUCUGACAGACAGGUGUGCGUCGCCAGGAGCGCACGGCCACCGUCCUGCUGGACGCAUCCUUUAUUCUCUAAUUCUGGAAUAAUUUUGAAAUCGAAAUACCCGCCAUCAUGUUGUGGACGGCUAACCAGUUCAUUAGGAAAUUUUCCACAAGCACCGCAUAUUACCAAAAUAAACUGAAGCUCGCCCUGAUUGGCCAGAGCCUGUUUGGACAGGAAGUGUACACCAACUUGCGGAAGCAAGGCCACAAGGUGGUGGGCGUGUUCACCGUUCCAGAUAAGGAUGGGAAGGCGGACCCCCUGGCCGUGGCAGCGGAGAAGGACGGCACGCCCGUGUUUAAGUUCCCCCGCUGGCGGGUGAAGGGGAAGCCCAUCCCGGAGGUGGUGGAGGCCUACAAGGCGGUGGGGGCGGAGCUCAACGUCCUGCCCUUCUGCAGCCAGUUCAUCCCCAUGAACGUCAUCGACCACCCCGCCCACGGCUCCAUCAUCUACCACCCCUCCAUCCUGCCCCGGCACCGCGGGGCGUCCGCCAUCAACUGGACGCUGAUCGAGGGAGACAAGAAGGCCGGCUUCUCCAUCUUCUGGGCGGACGACGGGCUGGACACGGGCCCCAUACUGCUGCAGAGGGAGUGCCCCGUGGAGCCCAACGACACCGUGGACUCCCUGUACAACCGCUUCCUGUUCCCCGAGGGCAUCAGGGCCAUGGUGGAGGCGGUCCAGCUCAUCGCAGACGGGAAAGCCCCUCGUAUCCCCCAGUCAGAGGAGGGGGCGAGCUACGAGGGUAUACAGAAGAGGUCCAACUCGAAGCUCAACCUCGCUCAGCCCGCCGAGGCCAUCCACAACUGGAUCCGCGGCCACGACAAGGUCCCCGGGGCCUGGGUCGUCAUCGACGGACAGCCUGUGACCCUGUACGGGUCGUCCCUGCUGGGUGGGGCUGUUCCCUCUGGUCAGCCCCUGGAGAUCGAGGGCACCGCCCAGCCGGGCUUGAUCACCAACAGCGGCCUGGUGCUGUACGGCUCCGACGGGAAAACGCUCCUGGUGAAGAACCUGCAGUUUGAGGAUGGAAAGAUGAUCCCAGCCUCCAAGUACUUCUCCUCUGGAGAGACUGCCAGCGUGGAGCUGACAGAGGAGGAGAAGAAGAUGGCUGAAGAGAUACGGGGCAUCUGGAAAGGUAUUUUGAGCAACGUUCCAAAAAUUGAGGACACCACAGAUUUCUUCAAAUCAGGAGCCGCUUCUAUGGAUGUGGUCAGAUUGGUGGAGGAGAUCAAGCAGAAGUGCGGGAGUGUGGAGCUACAGAAUGAGGAUGUCUACAUGGCCACCACCUUCCAGGACUUCAUCCAGAUGUUUGUCCGGAGGCUGCGGGGGGAGGACCAGGAGGAGGAGCUUGUUAUUGACUAUGCAACAAAAGACGUCAACAACAUGACUGUAAAGAUGCCUCACCAGUGCUUUAUUAAUGGGAAGUUUGAAGACGCGGAGAACGGAAAGACCUACGACACCAUCAGCCCAACAGAUGGUUCGGUGAUAUGCAAGGUGUCGUACGCGUCGGUGGCGGACGUGGACAGGGCGGUGGCGGCAGCAAAGGAAGCCUUCGAGACCGGGCCUUGGGGAAGGAUGAACCCACGCGACCGGGGCAGACUGCUGUACAGGCUGGCUGACCUGAUGGAGGAGCAUCAGGAGGAGCUGGCCACCAUCGAGGCCAUUGACUCAGGCGCUGUCUACACACUGGCCCUGAAGACCCACGUGGGCAUGUCCAUCCAGACCUUCCGCUACUUCGCCGGCUGGUGUGACAAGAUCCAGGGUACGACGAUACCCAUCAACCAGGCCAGGCCCAACCACAACCUGACCUUCACCAAGAAAGAGCCUUUGGGGGUAUGCGCCAUUGUCAUCCCCUGGAACUACCCCCUCAUGAUGCUGGCGUGGAAAAGCGCAGCCUGUUUGGCAGCUGGAAACACACUGGUCCUGAAACCAGCUCAGGUUACCCCAUUAACAGCCCUGAAGUUUGCCGAACUGACAGUCAAAGCUGGUAUUCCCAAGGGCGUGAUCAACAUUGUGCCUGGCUCAGGGGGUCUGGUGGGACAACGCAUGUCUGACCAUCCCGACAUUCGCAAGCUGGGUUUCACCGGAUCCACUCCAAUCGGCAAACAGAUCAUGAAGAGCUGUGCAGUCAGUAACCUGAAGAAGGUAUCGUUGGAGCUGGGGGGAAAGUCCCCACUCAUAAUCUUUAGUGACUGUGACAUGGACAAGGCUGUGCGAAUGGGCAUGAGCUCCGUGUUCUUCAACAAAGGGGAGAACUGCAUCGCUGCUGGCCGGCUGUUUGUGGAGGAGGGCAUUCACGACGAGUACAUCAGCAGAGUGGUGGAAGAGAUCAAAAAGAUGAAGAUCGGCGACCCCUUGGACCGCUCCACAGACCACGGGCCUCAGAACCACAAGGCCCAUUUGGAAAAGCUGCUGGAGUACUGCGAGAUCGGGAAGAAGGAGGGGGCCACGCUGGUGUACGGGGGACGCCAGGUGGACAGGCCAGGCUUCUUCAUGGAGCCCACAGUCUUCACCGAUGUGGAGGACCACAUGUUCAUUGCCAAAGAGGAGUCCUUCGGGCCCGUCAUGGUUGUGUCCAAGUUUAAAGACGGGGACAUUGACGGCGUUCUCGCGAGGGCGAACGACACAGAGUUCGGCCUGGCGUCGGGGGUCUUCACGCGCGACAUCAACAAGGCCAUGUACGUGAGCGAGCGCCUGGAGGCCGGCACCGUCUUCGUCAACACCUACAACAAGACCGACGUGGCCUCGCCCUUCGGUGGAUUCAAGCAGUCUGGCUUCGGCAAGGACCUCGGAGAGGAAGCCCUCCACGAAUACCUCAGGACCAAAGCCGUGACGGUGGAAUACUGAGGGAAACUCCCCUGCUGGACUCUGUUAUUGAUCACGAAUCAA